CACCAUCCUCCUGCUGAUGGACCCAGUUUCCUGUUGUGACUUAUGCUUUAAGAGCGAUGUGUCACAUCGGUGGCGCGAGGGAACCAAUAGCAUAGCGAUAGACGGCGGAAGCUAGGAAACAAGCCUGGAGUAUCUCACAUAUGUCCCGGUCAGGUUAUGCGCAAGACGUUUGUCUAGUACAUAUCUUCCAGGUUGUUUUGGUUCGCCGCUCGCCGUCAUCCCAUCAAGCUUACACCACCAUCCAGUGAACCAUCUCGCAAGAUCGAGCUGACAGCACCAUAUCCAACGAAAAGCUUGCCGUCCCCAAUCAUCAUGUCGCUAGCUCAUACGCAACUUCCUGGCCCGUAUCAAGAUGCUCUCCCGGCUGACCCCCGCGACUGGGUCGUUGAUGACGCCGUCCUCAGCACAGUCCCUUCCAGCACUGGCUUUCCCCCUCCGGUGGAAGAAACGUUCUACGGAUGGACGAGCAACUUCGCCGACGCCAAUGUGCUGCUCGCCUCUCUGAGCCAGAGCACAGGAGAAUACCACUUUUGCGGAGAGGAUGGCCAACUCGUCAUGCCAGUCCCGAUGGGCAGUGUCUACGGAAGCGGCGAAACCCAGACCAUCAACUUGGCAGCUCCCGCCGUAGCAACCGCCAUGCAAGAUCCACCAUGGAACCCUGUGCCAUGCGAGUCACACCAUCAUCUGGCCUGUUCGGUGCUGUCAACCGCCCAGGGACCAGUGAUAAUGGAUCCCGCGUCCGAGGCGGCUCCAAUCACAGAGCAGCACUCGCCGCCGAGCGAAUGGAGGGGGCAGCUGCAACACACCAUCACCAGUUCGCUCCCACCACGAGACGACCCCAUCUGGAAAAACCUCAAGAAGCAGAGGCUGCGGGCCGGCCGCCGCAGGACCGAGACCAGAAACCGCAAUAGAAACCGAGAAAAGGAGGAGCGGAUCAAGUCCACGUCCGAGCAGCUGGAGAGAAAGCGUGCCGACCUCGUCGCCCAGGAGAAGGCCCUGAAGGAGGAGAGGCUCAUCCUCAUCGAGGAGCUCCUGGCUCAUGCUCACUGCAAUGACAGUGCUAUUAGCGAAUACCUGGCGAUGGCUUCCAAGGACGUGUGA